ACAUGUGUUUUGGAACGCAAUUAGCAAAGUUCUCAGUUUUAUUUUAAAGAAAGGCAACAGACGCGUUCAAAAUGGUAAAAGGCAAAAAGCCAUAUAUCGACAGAAAAAAAGCAGUCACAUUUCACUUGGUACAUCGUAGUCAACACGAUCCGCUGGUGACCGAUGAAACUGCUCCACAGCGUGUGCUCUUGGAGGCGACAGCUAGGCAGUCGCAGGCUAAGCCACAAAAUGAAGAGCCUUCAGAUCCAGCAAAACGCCAAGAGGAGCUAAAAAAGUUCGGCAUUCACUUUGACGAUGACUACGACUACAUGCAGCAUUUGAAAAAGCGAGAAAAUGAUGUGGUCUGGGAAUAUAUGGAGAACCCCAACCAAGCGAAAAAGUCGAACGCAGACGAUUCUAAAUCUCGCAACCUACUUGUGCUUCCAAGCUCCGUAUUUGCAAGUGAAUUUGAAGAGUCUGAAGGAAUGUUGAACAAAGCAGCUCCUCAGCCUGGCCCGCGUCCAGAUUGGGAUCCAGAAGUUGUUGCAGCUCUCGAUAGCGAUUUUGAGGACAACGAAGAGUUGGAAGACGAUUUCGUUAUGCAAGCUAUGGGCAGCGAUGAUGACGAAGAAGGCGGCGAAGACGAUGAUGAUUGGCAAGACGAGAACGACGAAAACGAUAUGGACUUUGAUUCGGACAAUUUAAAUGAAGAUGAAAACGCAGAUGAGCUAAUGGAUCGUCUUGGCCCGCUGAUGCGGAAAAGACGUUUCGACGAUGAAGAAACCAAGUCGCGCUUCACUGAGUAUUCAAUGUCAUCUAGUGUCAUCCGAAGAAAUGAGCAACUUUCAUUGCUAGAUGAUCGUUUCGAGCAAUUCUAUGCAAGCUACGACGAUCCUGAGCUAGGAGAUCUCGCAUUAGAAGAUAUCGAGGGCCACUGGCAUCAAAAGCAUCCCGUGGUAAUGCAAUGUUUUCAGGAAUUUAAAAAGAAGAAUGAGGACUUACAUUACGACAAAGAAUGGGAUCGCGAGCGCAUCAAGAAAUACUCAAAAGUUGUUGAUGGGGAAAACGAUCCAACGGAAGAGCUUGUCGAUUACGAGGUGGAUGACAGCAAAGAAAAGAAAUGGGACUGUGAAUCCAUACUGUCUACCUAUUCAAAUAUUUAUAACCAUCCCAAACUGAUCGACGAGCCGCGCUCUAGUCGCCGUUCAGCGCCUAUUCAAAUCGAUCCCAAAACAGGCCUUCCAGCGAAUGUGCUUCGAGGCGGCGCCGACGCUCAGCUUACUGCCAAGGCGUUAGCCAACUUGGCUGAUGAUACAUCAAACGCAGCUGGUCCCAAAUCGUUGUGUGCCAAGUCGGUGCUGUCAACGCUUAGCGUUCUCUCCAUACGUCCGAAAGACGAAACUCCCGAAGAGAAACGCGAACGCAAACGUUUGCUCAAAGACUACCGCAACGAACGUCGCAUCGAGAGGAAGGCCAAUGCCGAGGCCUUUAAAGAGGAGAAGAAGCGGCAGACUCACGUCAAAAUCAACCAGCGUACUAAUCAGCAAGGCUCUGCAAUUGUUUAGACCGCUCGAUGCCUACAUUAAGUUUAAGUGCCAAGAUAUGCACACUCUUGGAAAUGCUAGUUUUAAAUCUCUAUCAAGAUAUGUAAAUAUCUUAUGUUAUGUUUAGUUAAAUAUAUUUAACUAAAAUGUUCAAUUUUCCAAAAGAACUGCCAUAGCCAUUUACUCUUAUCCCACGUCCAAAAUAUUCUAUUGACUACUCCCAACGCCGGAUGUCGGUCUGUUUACAAUGGGAACUCUACUGAAAGGAUAACAUUUUGAUGUGUUUAGACAAAGGCCAGGACUCUCCACGCUGCCAUUGAACCUUCCAAAUGU